AUGGAAAACCCCACUCUAUCAAUGGCCGACGCGCCAGGAGGAUGGCCAGAGACUCCGCCUGAGGGGACAAAGAACGUAACUCUUGCUCCCGACCAUGAGCCUUUCAAUACCUAUGCAACAGCAGCUGAAGAGCACACCCCUAUUCAACGGACAAUCACCUCCUACUUUAAAGUGGAAACUACUCCUCGAACCGUAGCCAGAAGCACAAAUCGAAUGCCUGAUCAACAACAAAAUUCUACGUUUAAUGUUGCAGGCUCGAAUCGGCCUAGAACAGAAGCGUUUUCUCCAAGAUUCACUCAACGAGAGCAACCGAAGACAGUCGCAGGCUUUGGGCUAUCGAGCCAGCAGAUAGCUGCAGCACCCAGUCAACGAUUCUCGACACCCGAAGCAGAUCCAGUCAGCCAACCACGAGAACGGCGAACUACAGUUCCGGCAUUUGGAGCACCACGCCAGCAUACCGCAGCCGGGGUAAGUCAACUAGCCGGCUGGCCAUUGGUGGAUAUUCCGAUUCAGCAACUUGCUCAGUACACCACAGCCGCAGUAGAUCAUGGGCCCGUUCAGCCGCUUAACAACACAGAAAUUGGCAUGUCAUCAGUGUCUUCAACGAGGACAAGCACUAUUGUACCGUCCCGCGAAGGUCCUUUUUACGAGGCACGUCCUAUAAGCCGAACAGCAGCAGCAGCCUCUGGCAGCAAGAUGGAGGAGAGACCUAGGACAGGAUAUCCACGAUAUAAACCGUCGAGAAUGGAUGAGAAGUCCCGCGCGGAUUCACCACAGUACGAACCUUUAAAAACAAUUUAUACCAAUCGUUCAGCGACAAGGCCUGGUCUCAAACACGAUGCUGAAAGCCUGCGUAGUGAGGAUGACAUUCUCCGCGUUUUGUCUAGACGAAGGACCAACGCUUCGACACUGUCUGGAGAAGACGCAGCCGGAGAGCAACAAGAAAUUGAAAGGCUCAUGUCGCGCAUGUUUGGAAAAGGCCGCCAAGAGAACUCAGAGGAGGAAAAGACUCGCCAUGUCGGAGUCGUGUUCAAGAACCUUAAUGUCAGGGGCAUGGGUUUAGGUGCUGUCCUGCAGGAAACUAACGGAGACAUCUUCCUCGGACCGGUCCGCUUCCUCAGGAAUCUGCUCACGAAAGGCAUAAAGGCGGCUGUUGGCAAACCUCCUGUGAGGAAUAUUUUGAGCGACUUUACGGGAUGCAUUCGGCCUGGAGAAAUGCUCUUGGUAUUGGGUCCGCCUGGGUCCGGCUGCUCCACGUUUCUCAAGGUACUUGGCAAUCAACGAUUCGGCUAUGAAGCAGUCGAAGGCGAGGUGACUUAUGGUGGUACUGAUGCGAAGAAAAUGGCAAAGGAUUUCCGUGGAGAAGUUUUAUACAAUCCAGAAGACGAUCUCCACUACGCAACAUUGUCCGUCAAGAACACCCUUAGCUUUGCUUUGAAGACCAAGACUCCUGGCAAAGAAUCUAGGAAUGAAGGUGAAAGCCGCAAAGACUACGUACAGGAGUUUCUCAGAAUUGUCACGAAGCUAUUUUGGAUCGAGCAUACUCUUGGGACGAAAGUGGGUGACGAAUUUGUGCGUGGUGUUUCCGGAGGAGAAAAGAAGCGUGUCUCUAUCGCGGAAGCAAUGAUUACCAAGGCUAGCGUGCAAGCUUGGGAUAAUAGCACACGAGGCCUCGACGCUAGCACUGCUCUGGAGUAUGUUCAGAGUAUUCGAUCACUCACAAACAUGGCGCACGUUUCCACGGCGGUAGCGCUUUAUCAAGCUGGAGAGUCGCUUUUUCAACUAUUCGACAAAGUUUUGCUCAUUGACCAGGGCAGGUGUCUCUACUUUGGUCCUACGGAAACAGCCAAAUCAUACUUCCAAGACCUGGGGUUUGUUUGCCCUGAUCGUUGGACAACUGCAGACUUCUUGACCUCUGUGAGUGACGUCCAUGAAAGAAGCAUCAAACCCGGAUGGGAAAAUCGCAUUCCUCGCUCAGCCGCGCAAUUUGCGGAGGCAUACCGAAAGAGCGACACUUACCAUAACAACCUUGAAGACAUCCGCAGUUUUGAGAUGCAAACCGAAGCGCAACGACGAGAGCGCCUUGCCAAUCGAUCGAAAGCGGCAAAGAAGAAGAACUACACCCUACCCUUCCACAAACAGGUCUGGGCUUGUACAGAGCGACAAGUGCUGGUCACUCUUGGAGACAAGGCCUCCCUGUAUGGUAAAUGGGGUGGUAUCCUUUUCCAGGCACUCAUCGUCGGAAGUUUGUUCUACAAUAUGCCUCAAACCACUGCCGGAGUGUUCACGAGAGGAGGUAAUCUAUUCUUCCUACUGCUAUUCAAUGCACUUCUUGCUCUUGCUGAACUCACCGCUGCAUUCACAAGCAAGCCUAUAUUGCUCAAGCACAAGAGUUUCUCGUUCUACCGUCCGGCCGCUUACGCCAUUGCCCAGACUGUUGUCGACAUACCACUGGUGUUCAUUCAAAUAUCGCUCUUCAAUGGUGUGGUCUACUUCAUGUCCGGCUUGGCCAGAACACCAUCCCAAUUUUUCAUCUCUGAAUUGAUUCUAUGGGUAUCAACGAUGACCAUGUAUGCCUUUUUCAGAGCAGUUGGAGCCUUGAACAAGUCUCUCGAUAACGCCACAAGGAUAACAGGUGUUGCAAUUCAGGCUCUUAUUGUCUACACCGGCUAUCUGAUCCCGCCUAUGAAAAUGCAUCCAUGGUUCAAAUGGCUAAUCUGGAUCAAUCCCAUUCAAUAUGGGUUCGAAGCCCUCAUGUCAAACGAAUUCUAUAAUCUGGAAAUUGAAUGCACACCACCCUAUCUUGUGCCUGAAGUGGCGAAUGCAUCUCCUCAGUAUCAAUCCUGCUUGCUGCAAGGGAGUCAGCCGGGUCAGACCACGGUAAACGGCGCAGACUACAUCCAAACGGCAUUCACGUAUUCAAGGACGCAUCUCUGGCGCAACAUCGGGUUUAUCUGUGCCUUUUUCGUUUUCUUUGUUUUCUUGACAAUGGUUGGCAUGGAAAUUGCAGAGCCAAACGCUGGUGGUGGAACAGUUACCGUGUUCAAGCGCGGCCAAGUACCAAAGAAGGUUGAAGAGUCAAUCGACAGCGGGGGCAGAGAUGCCAAAGAUGAGGAGUCCGGCACGAAGUCUCGUUCCAUUGAGAAGGGUACUGAGUCAGACUCGGGCGAUACUGAUCUUACUCGUCAAACUACAAGGGGCCAAGUCGCGAAGAAUGAAACCAUUUUCACUUGGCAGGACGUCAACUACACCAUACCAUUUGAGGGCCGUGAAAGAAAGCUGUUGCAAGACGUUCAAGGCUAUGUGCGACCUGGAAGGCUUACAGCACUUAUGGGUGCAUCUGGUGCUGGAAAGACCACCUUGUUGAACACGCUUGCUCAACGCAUCAACUUCGGCGUCGUGACUGGUGACUUUUUGGUCGAUGGACGGCCUUUGCCGAGGUCAUUUCAACGCGCAACUGGAUUUGCCGAACAGAUGGACGUCCACGAACCCACCGCCACCGUUCGAGAGGCACUGAGAUUUUCUGCCUUGUUGCGUCAGCCCAAGGAAGUUCCAGUCCAAGAGAAGUACGACUACUGCGAGCGCAUCCUCGAAUUGCUGGAGAUGACUGACAUAGCCGGCGCCACGAUUGGAAAGAUAGGAUCUGGUCUCAAUCAAGAGCAGCGCAAGCGGGUCACCAUAGGAGUCGAGCUUGCCAGUAAACCAGAGCUCCUAAUGUUUCUGGACGAGCCGACUUCGGGUCUUGAUUCGGGUGCAGCCUUCAACAUCGUCCGAUUCCUUCGCAAACUGGCCGACGCUGGCCAAGCUAUCUUGUGCACCAUUCAUCAACCUUCUUCCGUCCUAUUCGAGCAUUUUGACGAGCUGCUCCUUCUCAAAUCUGGUGGUCGUGUCGUCUAUCACGGCCCACUUGGUAACGACAGUCGCAAGCUGAUUGAGUAUUUCGAAUCCAAUGGCGCUAAGAAAUGUCCACCCACCACGAACCCAGCAGAGUAUAUGCUCGAGGCUAUUGGUGCUGGUAAUCCUGAUUACAAAGGCAAGGAUUGGGCAGAUGUCUGGGAAGCUUCUUUUGAACACGAAGAGCGCACCCAUGAAAUACAAGAAAUGAUAGCAAGUCGAUCUCUAGCAAAACCUUCAAGGUCACUCAAAGACGAUCGCGAGUAUGCCAUGCCACUCAUGACGCAGAUCAUGGCCGUCCUAAAGCGAUCUUUCGUCGCUUACUGGCGUUCACCCGAGUACAUCAUCGGCAAGUUCAUGCUCCAUAUUAUCACCGGUCUCUUUAAUACUUUCACCUUCUACCACGUUGGAUUCAGCCAGAUUGACAUGCAAUCACGGCUAUUCUCCAUCUUCAUGACCUUGACCAUAUCUCCGCCCUUGAUUCAGCAACUGCAACCCAAAUUCUUGGACUUCCGAAACAUCUUCGAAAAGAGAGAAAGUAACAGCAAGAUCUAUUCCUGGUUCGCGUUCGUCACCGGCGCUGUCAUUGUCGAAAUUCCUUACUCCAUAGUCGCUGGUAGUAUCUACUUCUGCUGUUGGUGGUUUGGGUCUGUGGGUCGGGACGUCUCCGCUUUAGCUUCCGGCUACACCUUCCUCCUCCUCAUGCUUUUCGAAUUAUACUUCGUCUCCUUCGGCCAAGCCAUCGCCUCAUUUUCACCCAACGAGCUCCUUGCCUCUUUGCUGGUACCCGUCUUCUUUCUUUUCGUCGUCUCGUUCUGCGGUGUCAUUGCCCCGCCCCAGGUCCUUCCGUACUUCUGGCGAAGUUGGAUGUACUGGCUCACACCCUUCCACUACCUGCUCGAAGGCUUCUUGGCCGUCGCCAUCCACGACCAACCCGUCAUCUGCUCGUCAGACGAAUUCGCCCGAUUCACCGCCCCGCCAGGCCAGACAUGCCAAAGCUACGUCCAACCAUUCAUCGAGCAGGCCGGUGGUUACGUGCAGACGGGGUUGGAUGGUAUCUGUGAGUUCUGCCAGUUCGCCAAUGGCGAUGAAUUUGGUGUCAGUUUCAGCGUGUACUAUUCGAAUAUCUGGCGGGAUUUUGGCAUCUUUGCCGGCUUCUGCGUGUUCAACUACAUGAUCACUUAUGUCUGCUCGUGGCUGUAUUUGGGGGGUCUGAAGAAAUUCAGGUCGAAGAGCGGUGGGAAGAGCAAGAGGUAG